AUGAAAUGUAAACGCUCCAAUGGUCUUCAACAAGGUCAGUUCUCAUGCGGUUUCAAUCUUGGAUAUCCAACUGUCAGAUCUACAUAUCCACUGGAGCUUCAGCUUCUACUACUUUUACUUCUGAUUAAAAGCAUAUUCAACUCCUUCUUUUUCCUUUCAGUGAUUUCAGGAAAUGUUGAUAAAUUACGUGAUUUUAAUUCUCAAAUGAAUCUUGCUGUGCAAUUACAAAAAGAAUGA